AAUUUUUCUACCAAAUUUUAUUAUUAUUAUAAAGAAUACAAGCGCGUGUCUGCUGUCUGCACAGGCAGAUUCAUUGCAAUACAUAUUUUACUCACACUUGUGCGGUCAUAUUUGGGCACUGAGAUCGUUCACUCCCCAAUAGUCGCAUACAAGUUUGACGAGAUGUCAGCAAAUGCUAAAGAGGCAUUGGGUAAGGUCGUCGAUCUGAAUUCAACUGAUGAAGAUUCGAUCGAGUACUUAGUGACUACCCUAGAGGAACUCGGUGAGAGGGCCACGGUCAAUGAGGUGUCUGAAGCACUCGCCGAGUUAUUCGUAGGUUUAGGGUUAUUAGAAGACGAGGACCAGGCUGCCAAGGCGUGCUCCGAGUUACACGGGUUUAUGAACCCGGCUUCUGAGAACGAUGAAAAUUCGUUUCCAGUGGACGAGCGAAAUCAGGGUGAUGAGGUUCUGGCGCUGAAGACGCCAGUCAAUCUCGGAACGAAGAAGCAACAGAUAGAUAAAGACACUCGUCGAAUGCGAGAAGCGGCCGGCGGUCUUGAUGAUGCACUUGACAAGCAGAAAAAAAGGGGUGUCGACCGUUCCGAACAAGCUAAAGGCACUAGAGGAUACCAGAAACACCAGCGAAUGCUCGAGAAACAGAAAAAUGAGCGGAAGACCUUUGAUCCAGAUUCGGCUGAAAAAAGGCGAGUAGCUGCCAUGGACAUCUUUCUGGAUGCAAAUACUAAUAAUCCUGGAGUGACCGAUAUAGUGACAGGU